AUGAAUAUUAGGAUUGGUGUGGGAGGAUUUGGUAGCUUUGUUUUUGCGAGGCAAGAGGCAGUGAAAAGUGUGGAGCAGGCGGAGACAAGCAGUCAAGGAGAUGGGUGCUGGUUCCCUGCAAGAAGUGCUCCAACGAGUCCUUUCGCCAGUCCGAAAACUUGCAUUAAGAAAAACGAUGAUUUUGUUCCAUACCAUUACGUCUCACCCAAAGGAAACCAGUUCUGGUCAGCACCAGAGAUGCCCACAUUCGACACUUCCCACCCACCUCCCGCUUUCUUUGAUUUAUCAGCAUUACGCACCGAUAAAAUUCUUUCUCCCCACCAAAGCCCACCCGGAAAAAGCCUCGCUGCCCCACAUCCAAAAAGCCCAACUGGCCCUUCUUCUUCUCUAUCCAUCCCCCCCAGGUUAUCCCUUGACACCUCCAUAGCACGUCGUGAAACCAAUGCUCUUCUCACUGUUCACCCCUUACCUUUGCCUCCUUGGGCUGGGCCUGGGGCCCCCAUGCUUUCCCCAUCUUCUUCUACCUUUUCCCCUCCCUUGGCUAAGACUGAACCCAUGCCCAUGAAAAACCAGUGGCAAAAAGGGAAACUUCUUGGCCGUGGUACUUUUGGAACUGUUUAUGCUGCCACCAAUAGAAAAACUGGAGCAUUGUGUGCAAUGAAGGAAGCGGAAAUAUUUUCUGAUGAUCCAAAGUCUGCAGAGUGCAUAAAGCAGUUAGAGCAGGAAAUUAAAGUUCUUAGCCAUCUGCAACAUCCAAACAUUGUGCAGUAUUAUGGUAGCGAAAUAGUAGAAGACAGGUUUUAUAUUUAUUUGGAAUAUGUCCAUCCCGGUUCAAUGAAUAAAUAUGUUCGUGAACAUUGUGGUGCAAUAACAGAAUGUGUUGUUCGGAAUUUCACGCGCCAUAUUCUAUCAGGCUUGGCUUACUUGCAUAGCAAAAAAACAAUUCAUAGGGACAUCAAAGGAGCUAACUUGCUAGUUGAUUCUGCUGGUGUUGUUAAGCUUGCUGACUUUGGGAUGGCCAAGCACCUAACUGGACAUGUUGCAGAUCUUUCUUUGAAGGGAAGUCCAUAUUGGAUGGCUCCAGAGCUUUUUCAAGCGGUUGUGCAAAAAGAUAACAGCUCUGACCUUGCUUUCGCUGUUGAUAUUUGGAGUUUGGGUUGUACAAUUAUUGAAAUGUUCACGGGGAAGCCUCCUUGGAGUGAGUACGAAGGAGCCGCAGCUAUGUUUAAGGUUAUGAAGGAUACCCCUCCUAUACCAGAAACAUUGUCAGCAGAGGGUAAAGAUUUCCUAAGACUUUGCUUUAUAAGAAAUCCAGCAGAGCGACCAACUGCUUCAAUGUUAUUAGAACAUCGAUUUCUGAAAAACUUGCAACAGCCAGAUGUUUCAUCUUCCAUGCAGCUGUAUAAUGGAACAAACUUGAUGGAUAUCCAUAGUCCCAGUGAGUUGUCUGAAAAUAAACUUGAUCAAAUUUCUAUUCAAAGUGCACAUAUUCCUAAAUGAAAAUUGGUCACUGAGAGUGGCAUUGCAGUGCCCUUCUCGCUCUACUAUUGAAGUACUUCCUUUCCUCACUCUCUAAGUCUAAAAACUCGCCUGCAACACUCUCAAUGAGAUUUCUUUGUCUCUGUCAAAUAUGGCAAUAGCAAAAAAUGGUAUUUAAUUUGAAAUGAUUGCGCUGGGAGAAGUUCUCACACAUUAUGCCAAUGGCUUGAGUUCAUACGGACUUUGUUUUAGGUGACUUGCACUUGCACUUGCACCUGGAGAUGUUGCAGGUUGUUUCCCGGAAUCAUCAUUGAUGCCCCUUUAAGUGACAGGCUUGUUCACUGUGGAGUUUACCGCACGAGAAUAUAGAAGCAGAUUUUGUAUAAUAUUAGAGUGAUCCAGCAGCCACACGAGUCCAGUACAAAAAAUUAACGACAAUAACAUCAUUCUUUUUUCCAUUAGAUUGGUUCAUUAUUCGUUACACACUGAUCGAAUAACAACAUUGUAUUUCGUUUUUUAACAAAAUUUCCGUAUAAGAAAACCUAAUGACACAUGUAAUUAGGUUUUCAAUUUUCAUGCAUAUAAUGUUA